AUGGCGGCCCCUGCCCCCGCGCUUCCUCUUCCGGCCGGGGUUGCCAUGGCGCUCCCCCCCCGGCCCACCUUCCCCUCCUCCCGCCGCUCUGUGUUUACAUCGGGCAGGAGGAGCCAGCCUAGCGCCGGGGGAGACGGGGACGCAGCCGACGGCCACAGCCGCCCGCCCUUGCUCCAUCCCCGCCGGGCGGUGCUCCGGGAGACGCGGCAUGAAGAUGCCAGCAAGGACCAUCCGCAGCAGCAGGCAGGGGUGAUUUGGAGGGUGACAGGCGGCCUGUUCAGUAUCACCCGGGGAGCGGUGGGGGCCACUCUGGGGGGAGUCGCCUGGGUGGGCAGCAAGAGCCUGGAGCUCACCAAAACAGCUGUGACCAGCGUCCCCGCUGCCGGCGUCGGACUGGUGAAGGGCAGCGUCUCGGCGGUGACCGGCAGCGUUGGGGCCGUGGGCAGCGCGGUCGCCGGCAAAGUCCCUUUCACUGCAAAGAAGAAGGACAAGGCUGACUAA